AUGAGCCACCACCUUCAAAUUGAUUCAUCUGUUGCUCACUGUCCAACCCACCCGGAAAUUGUUUUGCGCAAUGCUCGCCGCGGUCUUGACGUUGCCAGUGGCUUAAAUCGGAAUUUUGUCGCCGCCAUUGAAGAACUCCAAACAGCUUUUCGGUCACUGCAGCGCAAGUAUGACGAGUUCAAAGUGGAAUUGCAAUUUCUUGGGUCACAAAUGGAGGCAGCUCAGCGAAUG